GCGAGCAGGAGGGGGCAGCCUCCAUGCUCCAGCAGGCUCAGGAGCUCUUCCUGCUCUGUGACAAGGAGGCCAAGGGCUUCAUCACCCGGCAUGACCUGCAGGGCCUGCAGAGCGACUUGCCCCUGUCCCCAGAGCAGCUGGAGGCCGUAUUUGAGAGCCUGGACCAGGCCCACACCGGCUUCCUCACAGCCCACGAGUUCUGCCUCGGCCUGGGGAAGUUUGUGGGUGCAGAGCCCACACAGGGAUCGUCCUCGCACGCUCGGGAGGAGACCUACGAGGCUGGCUGGUCUGUGCGGGGCUGCCUGGAGGAGGAGGAAGGCGAGGAGGAGCAGAUCUCAACUCUGCUGGAGCAGCUGGGGGUGGCGCCGGUCCUGGGCGGGCAGGGGGCCGUGCGGGCGCUCUGGGCGCGGCUGCAGCGGGAGCGGCCCGAGCUGCUGGGCUCUUUCGAGGACGUGCUGAUGCGCGCCACUGCCUGCCUGGAAGAGGCGGCCCGGGAGCGCGACGGCCUGGAGCAGACACUGCGGCGGCGGGAGAGAGAGCACGAGAGGGAGGUGCGUGGGCUGUACGAGGAGCUGGAACAGCAGGUGCGCCAGCAGCGCCAGCGCCUGCGCACUCAGAACCUGCCGCGGGAGGAGCGGAGGGGCCGCCUGGAGGCGGAGCUGCAGAGCUGCGAGCAGGAGCUGGAGCGCGCGGGGCUGCGGCAGCGGGAGCUGGAGCAGCAGCUGCAGGCCCGGGCCGCGGAGCAGCUGGAGGCGCAGGCCCAGAACGCGCAGCUGUGGCGGGCGCACGAGGCGCUGCGGGCGCAGCUCGAGGGCACCCAGGAGCAGCUCCGCAGAUUGGAGGGCGACGCGCGCGGUCGCCAGGAGCGGACCCAGCGGGAGGUGGUCGCGGUGUCCAGGAACAUGCAGAAGGAGAAAGUGAGCCUGCUGCGGCAGCUGGAGCUGCUCAGGGAGCUGAACACGCGGCUCCGCGACCAGAGGGACGCCAGUGAGGCCCGGCGGCUGGGCGGCGGCCGCAGGAAGACCCUGGCCCCGGCGCGCCCUCCGGGGCCCACGUGCGGCUGCUGGGCUCGGCCCCCGAGGCGCGGCUCCGGCCACCUUUCCGUGGCGCGGUGACUGGCAAGGCCCGGUACGGCUCCCGCCACGGGCAUUCCCGGACCCGCCGCGCGUCCGACAGGCCGAGAAGGAGCCACACGGGGCCUGGGGAUGCGCAGGGGGUCCCAAUGCUGCCGACCCCAUCGCUGCCAAAUAAAUUCCAACGACCGCUCUG